AAAUUAAGGAACCGUUUGAAGCAGUUGUGUUCAAAAUGGCGUCGCGCAGGGAAGUUUCUCUCAGCGUUACUUGUGUGUGGAGAGUGUUUCUACAGCAGUGAGCCUCUAUGCUUUAAAAAAAACGUAUAGUGUUGUUUUUUCAGUUCACCUUUUCUCAGUGUUCCUCCUGUGACUCAGCUCCAGGUAGACUCCAGCGGGGACGGAGCGGCACCGCUUCAGUUUCAGAGUCAGUGGGUGAAAAUGUCUCAGGUCCAAAUGCUCAGAGAUUUUGUCAACCAACGACUGACUGCAGCUGCAGAGGAGAUCUUUGAAGUGUUUGGAAGAACGAUAGCAGAGUACGAGGAGCAACUUUAUCGGUCAAAGGAGGAAAAUGAACAACAGCAAAGACUAUUGGACACGGUUUACAGCUCCCAGCUUCUUUCAAGCAGAACAGGUUUGUUCAUCUAUCAUCCUCAUUUAUAUAUUUUUAUUUUUAAAAUAAACCUCAAAUAUGUAACAUGGUCCCGGCAUGGUUCAACAUAUGGUUUGAAAGCCAGCUUUUUUUGAUGAAGGCUUUAUUUAAGUGUCCAUAUUAGUUAAUAACCAUUAUCUUUUACACUCAUUUUAUUUCUGAAAGUGUAGGAACUGAAACCACAUUGUCACCAAAAACCAUGUCCACUAGUUUGAUGCCAGAUUCUCUCAUUUUUUUAUUAGACAUGUCUUGAAAUUUGGAGCCUGCAAUGUGGUCAGUCAUACUUCCCAUCUCAAAAUUACUCAUUUGACUUCUUUAAUUUAACAAGGGAGCCUUGAUGGAUCAGCUGUAAGUUAACUCUGGUACAAUGCAUCAAAUAAUAAUAAAAUAAUAAUAAUAAUAAUAAUAAUAAUAAUAACUUUCCAAAAAAAAAGAAGUUUACAAAGUGCUUGACAAACAGUUGCAAAGCGUCAGCACAUGGAAAUAAAAACAAAUAAAAAACAAAAGUUCAGUUAAAAACAAGGCCUCUGAAUUGAAGGACAAUUUCAUUUGUCAUAAGAAACCCAGACAAUACAAGAACCCUACAACAUAAAAUGAAACCAUGAGGACCAAAAUAAAAACAUAAGAUAGGCAAGAGAAAGAAAUGUGAUUAAAAAAGGGGCGUUAGAAAGCAGGAAACAGGAUAGUAAAUUUAAAAAGACAAUAUUAAUAAUGAUAAUUAAAUCAUAAUAAAACAAUAAUGAUGGUAAUAUUAAUGCUAAAAUGGAAUAACAAAAAUGAGCAGGAAAAAACAAUCAAAUUAAUAAAAGGCCUAAAAGGUAAAAUAAGAAAAAUUUUAAGUGAAACAAAGGCUGAAAGGACAGUAAGUUGAAAUAAGAUAGAAGUAAAAGAAAAAAGAUAAAAGAUGGCUAAAAAUGGCUACAUUAAUGUUUAAUAUUGUACAUGUAAAAAUACAAUAAACACUAUAAAAGUGAAAAAUUUAAUGUCUUUUGAUGUGACAACUGAGCUGCAGGGGGCAGCACCUUCUGGUAACUUCCCCUUAAAAUUAUUGCUUUUCCUUAUCUCACCAAGAUUAUUUUGGUGCUGAAUUCACACAUUGCGCCCCCUAGAUCAGCUGGUUCUCACUCUUCAUUUAGCUGUAAGGUGAAAUUUUCUAAAAAAGCAAACCUGUAAGAGUUGGGGUUAGGGUGACGAGUAGCCUUUGCUUGGUGGUUGGCUUUUUAACACUGUAGUAUUUUCUUUUUGUGGUUACCCUGACAAGUCUAAAUUCAGUAAGCCAUUGCAUGAUACAAUACGACACCACGUGAUUUAUAAUAGUACAGUAUCACAAGUUAUGACAUGGUAUAAAAUGCCACAUUAAUAUGAUUUGACAUGAUACGAUAUGGAACACACAACAUAACUUAUUACGUUGAAGGGAAUGUCUCUGCCCCGUUUCAAUGAUUCUGAUUUUUUUCAGGUAUGGUUUUUGUAUUAUUUAGAGGAUCCAACAUCCCUUUGACAUCUGCUUACUUUUCCCAGCAGACAUCCAGGAGCUGUCUGUUCUUGAAGAGAAGCUUCCCAGUGAGCAGGACACUUGCUCCCAGGAAGACACUGAGACUCCAUGCAUAAAAAAAGAACAGGAGGGACUGUGGAGCAGUCAGGAGGGAGAGCAACAUCAAGGUCUGGAGAUCUAUUCCAGCAAUUUCCAGUUCACUUCUGUUCCUGUGAAAAAUGAAGAUGAUGAAGAGAAUUCUCCAGACCAUCAUGAGAGAGAAACUGGACGUAUGAAAACAGGAAAUGGUGGAGGAGACCGCAAAAAAACUGAACAAGCAAGGAAGCCAAGUCUUGAGAGAAAUUUACAACCAGUGAUUAAGGUCAGGACGGUGGACACUUCUGAACCAGGGACUGAAGAGAAAGAUUAUGAUUGGAUGGAGACCAGAGAACAUUAUUCAAGUUUAAAAUGUGUAAAAUACAAGAAUAGUAAGAGACCAAAAACUAAUAAGAAGCCACAUAGUUGUCCUGAGUGUGGUAAAACAUUCAGCAGACAUCAUAUUCUAAUCAGACACAUGAGAAUUCACACAGGAGAGAAACCAUUCAGCUGCUCUUGGUGCGGCAAAAGAUUCAACCAAAAAGGGAAUCUGACCAAUCACUUGGUUCUACACACAAAAGAGAAACCUUUCAAAUGCUCUGAGUGUGGGAAAAGUUUUAGCCUUAAGGGAAAUUUGACCAAACAUAUGCUUGUUCAUACGCGAGAGAAACCUUUCAGCUGCUCUGAGUGUGGUAAAAGAUUUAGCCAAAAAAGGGUUCUAAUCAAUCACAUGGUUGUGCACACAAGGAAGAAACCCCAUAGGCAUUCAGCAGAGAUCAGUCUGAUAUUGAUGGAAACAGAGGAGCCUCCUAUUGAACAGCAUGAAUGGAGCCACAAUCAGGUCCAAAAGGGCACUGAGCAACCACUUAUUACCAAGGAACAGGAGGGACCGUGGAGCAGUCAGGCAGGGCCCCAUGGACUGGAAGAGGCCUAUACAGCAAAGUUUUCUUCAACUACACAGAGUGAGGAUUGUGACAAGAAACCACAGCUUCAUCAAAGUGAAACUGAACAUAUGCAAACAAGAAAUGGUGGCGAGGAUUGCAGACGGCCAGGACCAGCAAAGGACCCGGACUGUGAGGAAGAUUUACAAACAGAGGUCGAGGUCAAGACUGAAGACUUUCCUGAGUCAGUGACUGAAAACGGAGUUCAUGACUGGUGGGAGACCGGAGAACAACAUCCAAGUUUUGGCAUUGUAAAAUACAUAAAACAUAAAGAACCAGGGACUGAUGAGAGUUUACAUAGUUGUCCUGAGUGUGAUAACACUUUUAGAGAGGAACAUGCUCUGACCGCACACAUGAAUAUUCACAUGAGUGAGAAAUCCUUUUGCUGCUCUUGGUGUGGUAAAGAAUUCAACCAUAGAGGACAUUUAAACAAACAUAUGAUUCUUCACACGGGAGAGAAACCGUUCAGCUGCUCUAUAUGUGGUAAAAGAUUUAACCAAAAAGGAAAUGUGACAGCACAUAUGGUUCUCCAUACAAAAGAGAGACCCUUUAGCUGCUCUGAGUGUGGUAAAAGAUUUAACCAUAGAGGAAAUUUGUCUAAACACAUGUUCGUUCACACAGGAGAGAAACCUUUCAGCUGCCCCGAAUGUGGUAAAAGAUUUACACAGAAAGGAAAUUUGACUGCACACAUGAUUCUUCAUACAGAAGAAAGACCUUUCAGAUGCUCUGAAUGUGGUAAGGGAUUUAGCCAGAAAGGCAAUUUCACCAAGCACAUGUUGGCUCACAGGAGAAAUACCUUAAGCUGCUCUUAAGUUGGUGAACGAUUUAAUCAAAAAUCAGAUCUGACUGCACCUAUGACCUCUCAGAAGGAGGGAAAACUUUAAGGUAGUCUUAAUGCGCAAGUCGAUUUCCCUCAAAGUCAGCUCUGGGAUCUUUGCAUGCAACCUACAGAGGGGAGAACUUCGUCUGAGCCGCUGAGUGUAGAAAAAGCAUUUUUUUGGUUUUCUCAGUUAUCAAGCUGAAGAGAGAAGAGGCAAAAACCGACGUUAAUAGCGAGAACUGCCACAGACCAUAACAGUGCCUCAGAUCAAAAGAAACAUUCAUAUUGACUCAUGAUAAACAAUGUGAUUUCUUUGUACCUGUGACUCUGUGAGAUAUUAAUGAGUUGUUGGGCUGAUGUUAAAAGUGUAAAAUAGAGCUGCAGAUUAUCGGACAAAACUUUAAUUGCGAUUUGUCUUCUUUCUGCAAUGUAAUUAUGAUUUGGAAAAAUACAGGUGAUUGAACCAUAAGACUGUGGUGUCUUGUAUUUACUAAGAAUGAUCAACAAUCAGAUUUUGUCAUUGACUAUGUUCCUCAUACAUUCUUAGUUUCUCCUAGUUCAAAUCUGACUCAAGAUGUGUACAAAGUAGAAGUUGGACAACCCUAAGAAGCGUGGUAAAUGGACAUCAACAAGUGUAUAUUAGCUAAAGUAACAGAGUUUAUGAUGACUAACUGCUGCUCUUCAUAUCUCUUAUAGUUUCCACAUCAUCUGUGUUUGUGGCAUGUUUCACCCAGAAAUAUGUUAAUAUGUUUUGUGCAUCAUUAACAUUCAUAGUAACAGUAUGCUUUUUAUAUUGUAUUUAUUUUUUAUACCAACCUCACAAUUAAUGGCAAAUAGCCCCAAAACACUUGUGUGAGAUUGUAAAAUUUAACUGUUUCAGGAUCAUGAUUUGCCAAUUUGAAUUUGAUGCCAGCAACAUUGAUCAAACUGUUGCAACAAAAAACUGAAAAGAUGCAACAUUUCACUAUUAAAGGGCAACCAAUGGAGGCUGAGUCUUUCUGUGGUAAAGAUUGAAAGGAUGUCAAAGGAGGGAGCACUAAUUCACUAACUCUCAACUUUGAUGUUGCUACCUCCUUGGAGCUGAUUUGUUGGGG